AACACACCAUGGAUCAGCUGACGCCAUAAACACAACACCCCGCCCUACGGUGCGGCAAGUCUCCCUCUAACAUACACCUCUGUAUUAGUCGCCGCUCCUCUGUCUACACCACAACGCAAUAACCACUUCUGGAACUUAUCAUCCUCUCCUCAACAUAAACGCCUCUCCCAACAUCUGUACUGGAAAGCAGUAUCUUGUAUAUGAAGAGAUGCAAUGGAGGAAGCUGAAAUAAAAGAAUACACUUACGUUAUUGUGGGUGGAGGCAUAGCAGGAGUUACCUGUGCUGAACACCUGCACAUCUUGCAUCCUGAAAUUACAAUUUUGGUCAUUUCUGCCACAUCAGUUAUUAAGGCUGUUACAAAUGUUAUGCCUCUGACCAAAACUUUGGAUUUUUUUAAUGUGGAAGAACGACCAGCAGAGGAACUUGAAAGUCACUGCCCUGGUGUGACGGUUGUAAAUGACACUGUUGUUCGUCUUGAUUCUAAGAAACAGUAUAUCUACACAUCUAUGGGUAGAUGUUUCUCCUAUAGACUGUUGUGUAUCUGCUCUGGAGCUAGUCCAAAAUUGAUUGAAAAUAGCCCACACAUUGUUUGGAUACGUGAUGUACAAUCAGCACAACAGUUUCAGUCACGUAUUCAAAAGGCAAAAAGAAUACUCAUUGCAGGAAAUGGCGGUAUUGCUACUGAAAUGGUGUAUGAAAUCACAGGAAUUCAGAUUGUCUGGGUAAUCAAAGACAAGUACACGACAGCAAACUUCAUCGAUGCAGGGGCUGCAGAAUUUCUUCGACCAGAACUAGACAAGGAUAAACCCAAGAGUAAUAUAGUAAAGAGAACAAAGUACACUGUGGAUAAGGAAAAGUCUAGUAUCAAGAACCAUCAGCUGAGAGAUCUAAGCAGUCCUGAUGGAACAGCAGUAAUAGGAGGAGCUCUUGGACCAGACUGGCACACAGGACUUGAAUUGAAAGGUGAUAGCCAGCGCAGGGUUACCAUAGAGACUGAAGUUGAGAUUAAGAAGAUACUAGAACCAGUAGAUGUCAAGCAAUCUGGAAGAACAAUAACAGACUUGAAUUCUGAGAAGGAAGAAUGGCCUGUCUAUGUGGAGCUAACAAAUGGAAAAAUAUAUGGCUGUGACUUCAUUGUGUCAGCUAUUGGCGUUACACCCAAUAUCUCUGCUUUUUUAGAAGGAAACAACUUUAAAGUUGGAGAGGAUGGUGGCUUCCUGGUUGAUGACAAAAUGAGAACAUCUGAAAAAAAUGUGUAUGCAGCAGGAGAUGUUUGCACACCUGAUUGGCAUCUGGCCCCACAUUGGUUUCAGAUGCGGCUCUGGACUCAGGCACGUCAAAUGGGAUCAUAUGCUGCUAAAUGUAUGUGGUCAUCACUUGUCCAGGAAGAAAUUUACAUGGAUUUUUGUUUUGAGCUGUUUUCUCAUGCUACCAAAUUUUUUGGCCACAAGGUCAUCCUUCUCGGCCUCUUUAAUGGCCAAGGACUUGAACGCAAAUAUGAAAUUCUCUUAAGGUAUACUAAAGGAAUGGAAUAUAUAAAGUGCAUAAUGGUUGACGGUCGUAUGCAAGGAGCAGUAUUGAUUGGCGAAACAAAUAUGGAAGAGACCUUCGAGAACCUCAUUCUCAAUCAAAUGGAUCUCUCCGAGUAUGGUGAAGACUUACUUAACCCAGAUAUCGACAUUGAAGAUUACUUUGACUGAAUAAGGAGUGUUUAAAUUCCAUUAUCAAUUCCUCCCCCUGUAAUGGUUCCCUUAAAGUAACGAACCUACUUUGAAUGUGAAUAUAAUUUUUAAUUACUGUACUAAGAACUUUGAUGGUUUAAUAAAUUGCUCUUAAAAA